AUUUAUAUGAAUACAACGUUAAAAAUAAAAAUAAAAAUUAAUAAAUCAGUAAUUAUGUAAAUGUGUUUUCGUAAUUGAUAAUAAUAGUAAUAAAACUUAAAUGGACGAAAUAAAUGCAGUUUGGAGACUAAAAAUAAAAUUUAAACAUUCAAAAUAUCAAAAACAAAUUUAAAUUUUAAAAUUUUGAACAAUUAAACAAAAAACAGCAGAAUAAAAAUGAUGAAGAUAUUUUAUUACCUCAUCACGCUGAUACCUGAUUGCUCACUAAAUUAUGAGGGAUUUAAAUUGUCAUUUACUUUUUUUAUUUUAUACUUUAUGUAUGAUAUUUUUGUAAAUGGAAGAUCAUCUCUUGACUCUAUCUCAAGAGUAUAAAGUCGCAAGUGAGGUGUAUCGUCAUGUCGAUCCUUUGAACUUUUACGAUAAUUUUUUAAAGGAAGGAAUCAGACCUGAUGGCAGGAAAUUGUGUUCUUAUCGCAAAACUUCAGUGAAGGACUUGUUAAAUUCAACGCUUUCUUCUGAUGAUUACUCAUCUAACACAAGAUCGUUAAAACACACAUUGAAUUCAAACAAACACUGUUUAAAGAGUUUGAAGAAAGUAUUAAUUUCUUCCAUAUACUUAACUUGUGGAAAUUCCCAUUACAACUGUAAAUUAAUAGGUGAUUUAAUACUACUGGAGGAUCUACCAACUCUUUUCCAAAACACUGAUGUAUUCUCAGUUAACGUAAUUUUACCAAAACACGUAGUAAACGAAGUUUAUGACAUUAAUGGACCAUGUAUUAACAUCACACAUCUCGUGUCUGAUCUUAUUGAGAAGGUGCUUAACUCAUCGGAAGUAGUGCCUAAUGAUCAAUUUUGCUAUGACAUUUUAACAUCAUCUCUAUUUGAAUCGCAACAAAAUGAUCCAAUAUUAAAAUAUUUAAGCAAAAAUAAGCUUAGAUGGAAACUGAGUAUGGAGAUCACCUGCGAUGAAUAUGACGGGAAUUUACUGGAUAUGUGUUUCCUUGCAUGCUCAUACUGUUUACUCUUUUCUAAAUUUCCAUUUGUAAUACUAUAUCCUGAUUCUAAUGACUUUUAUCCUUCAUUAUUAACUAAAUUGAAUUUUAAAGAUGUGGUAUCUCAGGAUAAGGAGGUAUUAACUAUGAACAAUAGUUUACUAGAGUGUCAAUUUGGCCUCGAUUUUUCACUUGAUAAGCUUCAAAAAUUCCUGUUAAACGAUGAUAAAAAGAGAAUAUUCAUCAAUUAUGUACCAUAUACUGUGACUUUUUGUAAAUGUUUAAACUACUACCUCUUGGACCCAACAAGAGAAGAUGAGCAAAUAAGUGUUAACUUUUCAAUUUACUGUUUGAGGAAAAUUGGCUCUGAAGAAGUUCAGUUACAGCCUUUGAACCUCAUGGGACUUACUGGUGUAUCAGAUGAUGAUUUAAAUAAAAUGUACGAUAUCGCACUUAUAAUAGUAAAAUCCCUCCAAUAGUAAUAUACACACUAUGUAUAUUAUGCAGUGUAU